AUGGAGCGCCACCUGCCCGCAAGGCUUCCCUCCUGGAGACGCCAUAGACCCCGUCUCUCCUGGUCAGGACGCGCAAGUCCCCGCGACCAUGACGCUGCAGUAGAGACAAGGAGCCACGACGGCAUCGGCGGCGUCCCAUACAGCCAGCAACCAGAAUCAAGCCCCUACCAGCAUGCGGUCCCGCCGCCCAGCGUGAUCUCGGUGGCGAGCCAGCUGCAGUGGAGGGAACGGAGACAGAGCGGUGGAGAUGAGGAGAUGUACGUGGAUGAUACGGUGGACGAGUAUAGCUGGAUAGACCCUAGUGAGGUCGGGACUGAUCGCUUGAGGACCACACCUCUGCCGGGAGCUGCUCCUCGAGAAUUGACGCCGAGAGGCUUUGCUGCAUCGUCGGAUACACUGGCAAGUCAUUUCUCUACCAGGGUCCCAAGCAGAAACCUGCCUUCUCCCCCGAAUGAAGAAGCCUCGCGACAACCAGGACCAUCUCGCCACCUCUCCCCCGAAGACUCUUACAACCUCCUCCUCCUUUACCAGUCUACUUCACCUGCCUUCAGCCUCGUCUCGUCUUACUCACCCUUUGCAAGUCUCAGCCCGGGACUGCAACAACAGUUGGGGCAUGCUCCGCACUUUGACCCAGAGUUUUGGUACGAGGUGGUCGACAAGGCUUUUCAUGAUUCUCUAGAUAGCAAAGAGCAGAACAGGCAAGAGUCGUGGUGGGAGAUGGUCAGGAGUGAAAAGAUGUAUGUGGAGGAUUUGGGGGUCAUCUGUGAUGUACUCAUACACGGCCUUCGUACUGCAGACCCGCCUAUCAUUGAGCACUCCAGACUAGAGCCGUUCAUCAAAGAAGUAUUCAGCACAUCCGUUCUGCUAUACCAGUCACAUCUCAAGAUCCUAUCGAGAGUGCUGGAGAGGCAACGAGAACAAUGGCCGUUGAUGAUGUCUCUCACAGACAUAUACCUGGAGAACUUUCUAGAGCUUCUGGAUCUCUACGAUGCUUAUAUGAAAAACUAUCCCUACGCCAAAGCCCGUGCUGAACGAGAGGCUGCCCGCAACCCCAAAUUCGCACUCUUUCUCACAUCCUCCUCCAUACCUCGUAAAGGCAUCAAUACAUUCCUCAUGCGCCCUGCAACGCGCCUACCACGAGUCAUCCUCAUGCUCAGGGCGUUGCUUCACCGAACGCCAUUGGAUCAUCAAGAUCAAGAAGAUAUUCCUACUUUGAUUGAUGUUCUGCAUAGAGUGGUGAAGAGUAGUGAGCCAGGGAUCUCGAAUGCGGAGGAGAAGAUUGGGCUGUGGGACGCGGCAGAGAGGUUGAUGUUCAAGAAGGGCGAAAUAGUGGAAUUGGAUCUACUUAAUCCGAAGCGGGCGUUGGUGCAUAGGGGAGACGUGAGAAAGAGAGUCCGGAUAGAGAAGGAUUGGCACGGAUGGCAAAAGAUACACGCGAUACUCCUAGACAACUACUUGCUUCUAACCAGAGAAGACAAUGAAGGAAGGUUUGCUGUCGUGUCUCGCCCUAUACACCUCGACUUUAUGCGGGUACUUGUCGCUGAUGCGGUACCCGAGAGAAGCUUCAACAAGUCCAAUCCAGCUCGUGGCCCUACAGGAGGCUUCUUGGAUACUGUACGCGGAACAGAUAUGAUGUACCCCUUCACGAUAUCAGAUGGAGACUCGCAAGGACGAACAUACACGAUCUGCACAGAGAAACCCGAAGAACGCCGCAAAUGGAUCGAAAAGAUAGAGGGCGCGAAGGUACUUCGAGACUACGAUGUUGAGAGUAACAGGCUAUUCGUAAUCAACACGAUAUCGCCGCCUCGAGGACUCAAAGAUCCGGUCACCUGCGCAGACACAUUCGUCUGGCAUGGCAACAAAGCGCUUGCCGUGGCAGCCGGACGCUCAGUAUGGAUCGGCUGGCUUGGAGAAGCAGACACUUUCCAAGAGGCAAUCAGGUUUGACACUGGCCAGGUUACGUCCAUCACCACCAUACCCGAAUUCCCCUGGCUGUUGACAAUGAACGGCGGGACCAUUGUGGCAUUCAAUUUGAGGGAUAUGAUGACAACUGUUGAUCCUCAGACGUGGGUCAGGCAGCGGAGGAUAGAUGGAGUCCUUUUGAGUCGCCCGGGUCAGCAUGUGGCGUGGAUGAGCGUUGGUAAAUCGAAAGGGCGGACCUUGGUCGCAUACGCCGUCUACGCAAACACCUCGCACAAUACCGUAUUCGCAUUUGUUGAGCCUUUUCAACCUCACCCUCAUCUCGGCACUCCUUCCACCAGAUUUCCAAGCCAACCUCCAUUUCGGCUCUUAUCUACAUUGACCGUGCCGGGGUACGCCUCUUCCCUCACCUUCUUCCGUGCGACACUGGCAGUCAUUACCGAGAAGGAGAUCACCAUCACAGAAAUCGGCAACCCAGACUUGAACACGCUGCCAACGACUCAAGGCCUCGGUACGCUGGAAGAAGGAGCGCCGUUGCUCAAACUACUCAGUGGAGGCUUGCGGAGAGGCGGGGGUAGACCCCUGGGUAUGUGGCAAACGGGAGAUAACGAAUUCAUCUUGGUCUAUGACUGGGGAGCUUGCUAUGUGACCAAAUGCGAGUUCCCCUCAUUAGCGUUUAUGGCCUGGGCUGACUGGAUGAGCGUAGUUGGCGAGAUAUCACGAUCUGGUACUUAUCUACGUUGGAAUGGCCAACCAUCGCAGGCCGUCUUCCAAUCUCCUUAUCUCCUUCUUUUCGACGAGUUUGGAGGUCGCGCCGAAGUGAGAGAUGUCGUGAGCGGCAGGAUGUGUGAGAUCAUUGAAGAAAAAGGGCUCAGAUUGAUGAAGAGCACGAGAGAAGACCAGACAAUGUGUGGGUGGACUGCGACUGGUCUUGUGCAGGUUGUAGAGGUGAGUGUUCCGAUUUGGGUCGUUGGACAGCAUUCGCUCACUCGUCUGUAG